AUGGACAUUUCUGCUACUCCUGCAAACCCAACUGGGCAAGAGGAAACGGAGGCAUCCACUCCUGAGUGUCCUGUUUGCUACCUCGCCUAUAACAAUGUGUUCAACACCCCUUUGCUUUUGCCAUGUUCUCAUACUUUCUGCUUGGAGUGCCUGGCCAGGCUGUGUGCCUUCCUGAAGCCGAACCAGACCUUUCGGUGCCCCCUCUGCCGAGAGAGCAUCCCUCUUCCCCAGGAAGGGGUCCCCAGCCUCCCAGCUAACGUGGAGGUCAUCCAGCAGUUCCCUCCGUGGAUGCGAGAACUCGAACAGGUCUGGAUGGAAGGAUUUCGCCUGUGCUGGCUGAAAAAGCUCCCAGGGAAGUCUAAAGAGCAGGACGCGGAGAUGGUCGUGACAGUGGACUUGUACAAAGCCAUUGCCCAAGACAAUCUGCCCCAGAACUUCAUCAGCACUCAUCCUUCCAGAUCUGUGUAUAGGGGGAUGUGUCGUCUUCUAUUGGAAAACUACUCCUCUGUUAUCUGUGCUGCUGCUGUGUUCUUUGUGGUAGUGAUGCUGCCCAUGGCUCUGUUUCUUGGGUUGCGCCGUGACUAG